AUGCCCGACGAAUUCGACGAAGAGCCAGAGUAUGGAGGGAAUACAGAGGAAGAAAAAGAGAAAGAAGUAAUCGUAAUUGAUGACGAAGAAGAUGACGUAGAAGUCGUCGACGAUGUGAAUAUGGAACGAGAUAAUUUGCCACAGCCGAACUUUGCGGAAGAACAUAGGCAACAAGAAAACAAUGGAUAUUUUCACGAGGACGACUUUGGUUACACUCCCAGAAGGCCGAGAACGCCGCAGAAUGUACCGAGAAUCAGUAGAGAAGAAACAGAAUUUGACGAAAUUCAUGAAUUCAUCAAUGAGGCUGGAAUGAAUGCAUCAAUAUCUCGAAUCGUGGACACCAGUGCCAUCGCGUGGAAGAUGACGAUCCAUUUUCCACGUGGUACGAUCACCGAAAUGUCCAACGUCAUCAUAAAGUUUCCAGUUGAUUAUCCUCACGCUCCACCAGUACUGUACUGUACCGACAACAUCGAUCAUCCUUUUCUUGGGCUCAGAAAUUUCAUUCCAUUCAAGCGACUUCGAAACGAGUACUGGGCCGAGUGGAUUCCGAUUUCCGUCGUGAUUGUUGGCGUUUACGAAUUGUUCAAAGACCACCUCUGCCGACGAAGAAAACAAGUCGACGAGAACAUCAACCCUCAUUUGAUCAAGAUCCCAGAAAGCGCGAUCGACACCUAUUUGCGGAUAACAAAGGCGAAAAUAUCAAGAGAUACUCCAUUUCAACAACUGCCAGUUGGGCUGCAUAUUCGGACGUACUUCAAGCUCUACGAAGAACAAGAGGAACUCGCUCAAGUCGAGAGAAAACUCAGCAUCUUGAACGAGAGAAAAAGAAAGCUGACGAAGAAUAUUGGAGAGCACUUGAAAAAAUUUAAACAAAGUUGA